AUGGACAUAACUGUCCUGCCAAACAACAAUCAUCCAGAGAAAUUCCUGCAGCUGGAUGUGGGAAUGCUGCCGGUGACACACGGAAUGUUCCAGAUUGGUGCUACGCUGUCUCACCAAAGGCAGUGGCACAACAGGAUGUACUCGCAGGUAACGUCUGUGAGUGAGAGGGGGCGUGGUAAUGAGGUUAAGCUGUCAGCAGAUGGCAGUGGUGUGUUUGAAGACAGAGAUUUGGAGAAACGCAUCACUCCUCAAACUCUGAAACCAAAGAUCAAGCAGAACCCGCUGUACUCUCACAUCAACAUCAUCAAUACAGAGGAAAACAACAAGUCCAAACCAUCAUGGACCAUUCAGGACUAUGAUAGACACACUACACACGGUCAGCUGGCAGACUACAUGAAGGAAGACCCGAGAGACCUGAGCUUCUGGCUGGAAGAUCUUUACACCCCCGGCUAUGAUUCACUGCUCAAGAAGAAAGAGGCGGAACUGAAGAGGAACAAGAUUUGUAAAAUUUUAGCAUCCAUCGUUCUGUCCAUUUGUGCAGUUGUGAUCAUUAUUACUGUGCCAAUAGUGGUAACACAGUCCAAAUACUGAUAGAGCCAUGCCAACCACUAACUCUCAUCUACACCCAUUCCUGCAACGAUCUGACAGCUCAGCAGAAGAGCAGGAGCUCUUGUACCAUAUAAAUGUGGAAUUAAAAUGGUCUGAUAUUCUUAGAUAAGUUAAUAUAUUCUAUUCGGGGAUCUGUUCAAACACAUACAGAAAAACUGGCAGCAUAUAAAGACAUUUUUUGCAGCAUGUGUAUGGUAAAUGUGUAUGUCAGCUUGAUCACAUUUUUAUAUAGUUGCAAUUUUCUUGUCUAAAAGCAUUUCACAUGUUUUUGAUUAACUUUGUUUGUAUUACAGUAUAAGCCU